AUGGGUAUUCCAAAAUUCUUCAGAUAUAUCUCUGAGAGAUGGCCUUUGAUUCUUCAGUUAAUCGAGGGGAAUCACAUCCCUGAGUUUGAUAACUUGUAUCUGGAUAUGAAUUCAAUUCUGCAUACAUGUACGCACGGAAACAGCGAUGAUGUUACGAGAAGGAUGUCAGAGGAGGAAGUAUUUGCCAAAAUAUUUGCUUACAUUGAUCAUUUAUUUCAUACGAUUAAACCCAAGCAGAUAUUUUAUAUGGCAAUCGACGGGGUUGCUCCAAGAGCGAAGAUGAAUCAACAGAGAGCACGUAGAUUUAGAACUGCAAUGGAUGCAGAAAAGGCUCUAGAGAAGGCGAUUGCCAACGGUGACGAGAUUCCAAAGGGCGAACCCUUUGAUUCAAAUGCCAUUACGCCUGGAACGGAGUUUAUGGCAAAGCUAACCAAACAUUUGCAAUAUUUUAUACAUGAUAAGAUAACGAACGAUUCCAAGUGGAGGGAGGUUAAAAUAAUCUUCUCAGGCCAUGAGGUUCCCGGUGAAGGUGAGCAUAAGAUCAUGGAUUUCAUCAGAGGAUUAAGAGCCGAUGAUAGUUUCGAUCCUAACACAAGACACUGUAUUUACGGGUUAGAUGCAGAUUUGAUCAUGUUAGGAUUGUCCGUACAUGCCCCUCAUUUUGCUCUCUUGAGAGAAGAGGUUGUGUUUGGUCGAAGAUCGAGCACUCAGGCUUCUCUUGAAAAUCAAAAUUUCUAUCUAUUGCACCUUUCAUUACUAAGGGAGUACAUGCAAUUGGAAUUUGAAGAGAUCGCUGAUGAGCUGAAAUUCGAGUACAAUUUUGAACGCAUUUUAGAUGAUUUUAUCCUCGUUAUGUUUGUUAUAGGUAAUGACUUUCUACCCAAUUUACCGGACUUGCAUCUUAACAAAGGUGCAUUCCCUGUAAUAUUACAAACUUUUAAAGAGGCAUUGCAACAUUUAGACGGAUAUAUUAACGAUAAUGGUCACAUUAAUUUGGGAAGAUUAAAAGUUUGGUUACAAUACUUGUCGCAAUUCGAACUGAUGAAUUUUGAACGUUCAGAUGUUGACGUAGAUUGGUUCAACCAGCAACUAGAAAACAUUUCAUUAGAAGGUGAAAAACAAAGGGCAAGAACUGGCAAAAAAAUUUUGUUAAAGCAGCAAAAGAAAAUUGUUGGCCUGGUCAAACCUUGGAUUACGAAAGUUAUGUCCCAAAAAUGUUCGCCUAAUCUCUCGGAAGACGAUAUCCCAACUCUAUUGAUAGAUGACGAUCGCAUAAAAGACAAUUUAGAUUUUUUAAAAGAAUUUGCAUUCCAAUUAGGGUUGUUUGUAACGCAUUCCCGUUCCACGGAUAAAUAUUCUUUGAAGUUGGAUGUUGACGCCAUAAAUCCUCAUGAAACCGAACAAGAGUGUGACGAGCGUCAAAGAUCUGUAAGGAAAACCUUAAAGAUGUACCAACAGGCUGUCCUCGUUGAAGAUCAAGAGGAGCUUGAUACGGAAAAAGAGACCUAUAAUGAAAGGUUUGUUCAAUGGAAAGAUAACUAUUAUAGGGAUAAGUUCGGUUUUAGUAUAAAUGACUCCGAGAAAUUGGCUGACUUAACAGGUAAUUAUGUUGAAGGCUUGCAAUGGGUGCUAUAUUACUACUACAGAGGCUGUGCAUCAUGGGGUUGGUACUAUCAUUACCAUUAUGCCCCACGUAUCUCUGAUCUCGAAAAAGGAUUAGAUCAAUUGAUUGAGUUCGAAAAGGGUAAACCUUUUACCCCAUUCCAACAGCUAAUGGCAGUUCUACCAGAACGCUCGAAAGAACUCAUUCCUAGUGUUUUCAGGCCGCUUAUGUAUGAUGAGAAAUCUCCAAUCAAAGAUUUUUAUCCAAGAGAAGUUCAACUGGAUAAAAACGGUAAAACGGCUGAUUGGGAAGCUGUUGUUUUAAUAUCUUUCGUUGACCAGGAUAGAUUGAUUGAAGCAAUGGAGCCAUAUCUGCCAAGAUUAACACCGGAAGAAAAAAGUAGAAAUAGUCGUGGGAGUGAUCUUAUUUUCACAUAUAAUCCCCAAGUCGAUGAAGUUUACAAAUGCCCACUAAGCGGUAUCUUUUCUGACAUCGAACAUAAUCACUGCGUUGAAAGGGAAUUUGUUAGGCCUGAUUUCAAGCAAUCCCAAUUUCGUUACGGGUUGUUGGCCAAAUCAAAGGUAGGGGCUGAUAUGCUUGCUGGUUUUCCUUCAUUACGCACAGUUACUUUUACAAGUGAAUUACUUUACAAUGAAACCAGAGUCUUCCAGCAACCUUCGAAGCAGCAAUCAAUGGUAUUGACUAUUGAUGAUGUUUACAAGGCGAGAGACUUGGGGUUGGAUGAGUUAGCGGAAAGAUACUUAGGAAACGUUGUCUAUACUAGAUGGCCAUUUCUCAGAGAAUCUAAGUUAGUUUCCAUCAGGGAUCGCUCACAUGCCAAGGAAAUAUCUGAUAAAAGUUCAAAACCAUUCUCUAGACAAUUGAAUGACAGUGAAAAAAGAGAGUUUUCCACAUUGGCAGCUUCCAUGGUGAGAAAGUAUUCCUCGGCGAAAGCAACAUCACUAAAAGAAGUUACUAUCAUCGUCGCAGUUCUCCCAGUCACUGAUCUAAUAAGGACGCCACAAGGUGCGUAUGUUAAAGCGUUCGCUUCGGAACCGGAGCAUUACCCACUGCAACUCAUGGUUGAAGAAGUUGCUAACGUGGACGAAAGAUAUGUUGAGCGAGAACCUGUGUCUAUUGAAGAAGAGUUUCCGGAGAGCUCUCAUGUGAUUUUCCUUGGAGAUUAUGCAUAUGGAGAAGAAGCCAUUAUCGAUGGUUAUAGUAGUGAUACAAGGUUGAAAUUAACUGUACACAAAAAGUCUAGGAGAUCUGAACCCAUCAUUGGUAAGGAGAGGGCCGCGAUGGACAGAUCGAUGGUGAAGUACUUCCCAUCAUUUGUUGUUGCAAAGAAGCUCAAUUUGCACCCUCUUUUUUUGUCAAAGAUAACAUCUCGAUUUUUAGUGGCAAAUCAAUCUGGCAAAAAUAUUAACGUUGGUGUUCCAAUCAAGUUCGAAGGUCGUCAUGAAAAAGUAUUAGGAUAUGCUAGAAGAAACCCCAAGGGUUGGGAAUAUUCAACCUUGGCUAUACAACUGUUAGAGGAGUACAAAAGAUUGUUUCCUGAUUUCUUUAAAAGGUUAUCCGCAAAUCGUUCAAAUAUGCCCACUAUACAAGAGUUGUUUCCUGAAUUGCCUACACAGAAGGCUGCUGAUAUUUUGCCUAAUGUUACAAACUGGCUGAAAUCUGUGACUGAAAAAUUUGUCACGGUUUCUUUAGAAAGUGACUCACUCACCAAAGUUUCGAUUCAAGCCGUUGAGGAUCACGUUCAAAAGCACAGCGGGCAUCCCGAUGAAACCGAGAGGAAGCAACUAGCUAAGGUCCCUUGUAAAGCUGUGUUGGAUCCUAAAAAAUCAUUCACUCUGUUGCGUACCCAAAGAUUUGAACUAGGAGAUCGUGUCGUUUAUAUUCAGGACUCUGGUAAAAUUCCUUUAUUUUCCAAAGGAACUGUUGUUGGAUACACAACACUUGGUACAAACUUAUCAAUUCAGGUUCUUUUUGAUCAUGAGAUAGUAGCGGGAAACAAUUUUGGAGGACGCUUGAGAUCUAAUCGAGGUAUUGGCCUAGAUGCCUCAUUUCUGUUGAACAUAACAAAUAGACAAUUUAUCUAUCAUUCAAAGGCUUCGAAGCAGACUUACAAAGAACGCUCUGCACAACAAAAGGCUAAAUCCAAUCUGGACAAGUCAGGAGCACGCGCAGCAAAGAAAAACAGAGCUCAUGAUUUACUCAACCAUAUCAAAAAGGCAGAUAAUACACAAACUGCCAAAAAGGAUGAAAAGAGGGAAGUUUUGAACUCAGAAGAUUCUAGGCAAACAGCGGGCGGGAUAGGCUCAAAUCCAGUUGAUUCUUCUGAAUUCAUCCAUGAGACAGACCAGAGAACAACUUCUGUUGCAAAUAAUAUCUACCACUCUGUUUUGAAUCAAUAUGUUCCUAGCGGUUAUUUGCCACAGAACAUGCAAUUCCAGUCUGAAGUUGCAAGUGUUCCAGCGCCAUCUGGUCUUCCUUAUCAUCUACCGCCUGGAAUAUUACAUCCAGCUGGGAUACCUCUCCCUGGAGCAGAUGUGCAGUUGCCACGUCCAUUCAAUGGCCAACUUCCUCAAAUUAGUCAUUCGCAGCCACCACAAUCAGCAGCAGAUAAUGAUGCGAAUUCAAAGAAUUUGAACGUCGUGUUGAAUAGUGCGAUUGAAAAGAGAGCUAGUAGAAACAAAAAACCUGAAGCGACGAGCAAUGGCAAAAAAAAUGGAAGACAAGGGAGCAGAGCUACUGCCCAGCAAAAACCUAGAAUUGAUUAG